GUGGAUCCAAGAUGGCGGUAGCGAUGGGCUGGUUGCUGCCACAGGCCCUGGGGUUUCUCUCUCUUGUUUGUGGAACAAACUCCUUCUAUGUUCCUGGAGUUGCACCAAUCAACUUCCACCAGAAUGACCCUGUAGAAAUCAAGGCUGUGAAGCUGACCAGUUCUCGAACUCAGCUACCCUAUGAAUAUUACUCACUGCCUUUCUGCCAGCCCAAGAAGAUAACAUAUAAGGCAGAGAAUCUUGGAGAGGUGCUGAGAGGGGAUCGGAUAGUCAACACCCCUUUCCAGGUGUUAAUGAACAGCGAGAAGAAGUGUGAGGUUCUGUGUUACCAGCUUCGAAAGCCUGUGGUGCUGACAGUUGAAGAGAGCAAACUUGUGGCUGAACGCAUCAAUGAGGAUUAUUAUGUCCACCUCAUUGCAGAUAACUUGCCUGUGGCCACUCGGUUGGAGCUAUACUCAAAUCGGGAUGAGGAGGGCAAGAAGAAGGAAAAGGAAGUGCAAUUUGAACAUGGCUAUAGGCUAGGCUUCACGGAUGCCACAAAGAUCUAUCUACAUAAUCAUCUCUCCUUCAUCCUUUACUAUCACAGAGAGGAUGUAGAAGAAGAUCAGGAGCACAAUUACCGUGUCGUCCGCUUUGAGGUGAUUCCCCAGAGCAUCAGACUGGAGGACCUCAAGGUGGAUGAAAAGAAUGCAUGUACCCUGCCUGAUGCUACAAGCUCUGCCCCACAAGAAAUUGAUCCAACCAAGGAGAAUCAGCUACUGUUCACCUACUCUGUGCACUGGGAGGAGAGCGAUAUCAAAUGGGCCUCCCGCUGGGACACCUAUCUGACCAUGAGUGAUGUGCAGAUUCACUGGUUUUCCAUCAUUAACUCUGUUGUGGUGGUCUUCUUCCUCUCAGGUAUCCUCAGCAUGAUCAUCAUCAGGACCCUCCGAAAGGACAUUGCCAACUAUAACAAGGAGGAUGACAUUGAAGACACCAUGGAAGAAUCUGGCUGGAAAUUGGUACAUGGUGAUGUCUUCAGGCCCCCCCAGUAUCCCAUGAUUCUCAGCUCCCUGCUGGGCUCUGGAAUUCAGCUCUUCUGUAUGAUUCUGAUUGUCAUUUUUGUUGCCAUGCUAGGAAUGCUGUCUCCCUCCAGCCGGGGUGCUCUAAUGACUACAGCCUGUUUCCUUUUCAUGUUCAUGGGAGUUUUUGGUGGAUUUUCAGCUGGUCGUCUAUACCGGACCCUGAAGGGUCAUCGGUGGAAGAAAGGAGCUUUCUGUACCGCGAUGCUGUAUCCUGGAGUGGUCUUUGGCAUCUGCUUUGUGCUGAACUGUUUCAUCUGGGGGAAACAUUCAUCAGGAGCGGUGCCAUUCCCUACGAUGGUGGCCCUGCUGUGCAUGUGGUUUGGGAUCUCUCUGCCACUGGUAUACCUGGGCUAUUACUUUGGAUUCCGCAAGCAGCCUUAUGAUAACCCCGUGCGCACCAACCAGAUCCCCCGGCAGAUCCCUGAGCAGCGCUGGUACAUGAACAGAUUCGUGGGUAUCCUAAUGGCUGGGAUCCUACCCUUUGGAGCCAUGUUCAUUGAACUCUUCUUCAUCUUUAGUGCAAUCUGGGAGAAUCAGUUCUACUAUCUCUUCGGCUUUUUGUUCCUCGUAUUUAUCAUCUUGGUCGUGUCCUGCUCCCAGAUCAGCAUUGUCAUGGUGUACUUCCAGCUCUGUGCCGAGGAUUAUCGCUGGUGGUGGAGGAAUUUCCUAGUUUCUGGAGGCUCUGCUUUCUACGUCCUAAUUUAUGCCAUUUUUUACUUCGUUAAUAAGCUGGACAUCGUCGAAUUCAUUCCCUCCCUGCUGUACUUCGGCUACACAGCCCUCAUGGUCCUGUCCUUCUGGCUGCUCACUGGCACUAUUGGCUUCUAUGCAGCCUACAUGUUUGUCCGGAAAAUCUAUGCAGCAGUGAAGAUAGACUGAACAUGAAAUUUGCUUGGCACUAAGGGAGAGACCUGUGCAUUUUGUGCCAGGAAGGAAAGCGGAUUCCUUUUCCUGGUCUCCGAAGGAAACCAACCAAUGGGGAUUGAUGAGUGAAAUAAAAUAACUCCUGGUCAUUUGGAAUGUAAUUUUUGGCACAGUGUUCAUGGAUCCUGGGGCUACUUAGGGUGGGAGGGACAUGUAGAUAAAUCUUGCAUUUUAUCAUAUUAUUCCAGUUCUUUGGGGGACUUUUAAAAAUUUUUUCUAAAACUAAGAAAUACCCCUUCAUUCAUAAUUCUUUGGCCCCUUUAUUUUUCUUUGCUCAAUUUUACACAAAUGGACUUGGGGUAGAAACAGAAGGAGUCUCCAGGACACUGAGUUUGAGACACCAGAACUCUAGCUUUGGGGAGAGCCUUUUCAUCUGCAGUCCUCAGAAACCAUCAGGAAGAGGAUAUCUUGAAACACCCAGGGCAUUUUUGAAGCUGCUCUUCAUCCUAUCCAGCAUAAACCCCAUUUGGCGGGGUUCUCCCCAUCAUCCUCUGGUUGUAUUCUCUGUAUUCUUGACUGCAUUUCCCACCCAGAAGAUGGGUCAUUCUGUCUCCCCCAGCAGCAAGUGCCCUCUGCCUCCAUCUUUUGCCCAACCAGCUUCCUCCUUUCUCCUCCCCAGGCUGGGACCCUGCAUGUUCAGAGACAGAGCAAGACAGGGAAGAGCUUGGUGAUAACCCUCCACAACAACUAAAACUCAAGCCUUGUCCUGUGACCAGACAGAGGAAAGUCAAAGAGUUGAGCAGCAGUACCCAUGAUAGAAGGGGGGAAAAGCGCAAAUGCCGGAAUUACAACAUUCUCUGGACAGCAGGGAUCUCUCCAUCUUAGGGACUGGAUGGGAGGAAGAGAGGCCCUCACAUAAAGCAAUCAGUGUUUCUGUGGUGCCAAGAAACAUGUGACUGAGCAGUGAGCCUUCCUGAGUUCUAUGGGAGGAGAAGACUUUGUUGGGUAGGUGGGGAGGCUACGAGUCCAUUUCCCCACCUCAUCCUCACUUAGGAGUCAUCUCCAUUAUUCAGAAGAAUAAUGCUGCACUUUUACAUAUGUUUUGGUAGCUGUUCUCACUACUGUUUUUAGGCCCUCGAGUUCUCUUGUGGACUGGACAAGAAAGACCACUGGAGCCCUUGUUUCAGCUCAUUAUGGUGGCAGGUUGGCUGAGGAAGAGGAAAAGGCCUUCCUUCAGGACAGAUCAGUCUACAGCCUGUAUCUCACUACCAGCUUCUCUCUUCCAGGUCCCCAUUCCAUCCAUCCCCAGGCUUCAGAGCCAAGUCUGAAUUCCCACCUUCCUCCUUUGGAAGUUAUAUACCCACACAGACACUAAGUCUAAAUAAAAUGAAGAGCAGUAAAGAAGGGAGGUGAGUUUGAGUCUUCCCCAAAUAUCAGUGCAAGGAAGGGAAGCCCUUCCCCACCUUUCUUCUUUACAGCAUGCAAGGUGUUUUGAUAAGACAGUGACCUUAAUCAUUCUCACGGACCUCAUAAGAAUAGUUCUGUUUCUGCCCUGACCAAUUUCCCCCACUGUUACAUUGUGAGAGGCCAAGCCCAUACCAGAAUUAAUACCUGGAUGGGGUGUAUUUGCAAUUUUUCUCUUGCCCUAUUUCCUUCUCACUGGUUCCCACCACAGAACAAAGCUCAGGGUUGUUUGUAAAUGGCUGAUUGAUUUAACUCCUAUUUUGAGAGAGAAGUGAGGUACUGCCCCCCUCUAAUUUCUCCCAGCCCCCCCACCAGCUAAAACCAUUGAACCUACUUUACAAUCUUGCCUAAUAGCCCUUUGGGGUUACUUUGUAACACCAAAGUUGGAUCAGCCAAGAAUCAAGAUGGGAAAGGGGAACCAUGGGACAAUCAUUAACUGUGAUUUGGAAUCUUUAGUUCAUUUAGAUUUGGGAUAUUCUCUCUAAGAGAUGAUGUUGGGAUGGACUCCUCAUGGAGAAGUUCAAUCCAUCAUAUGUUUUUCUGACUUUUUUUAUGGUUUUUAAUUUUUAAUUAAUAUGUGUAUCUUUUUGUCCUGUUGUAAAUAAAUAUGACAUUGUCCUGUU